UUCCAAAAUGGCGACGUUUGGAUGGAGCUAUAAAAGUAACGUGUGCGGUGCAAAGAGACCAAAAGAGCAAGGCAGGAAGGUAGAAGGUUGGCAAAAGACUAGAGAGGAUGCAAAGGUGCCAUUACAUGCCCAAACACAUUCAGCGGAGUCGUUAAACGCGGGCAUGAAGAGGAGAAGAUAUAACCCUCGUGCCAAGAUUUACAUAGGAAAUUUGAGCAAAGACACUAAAGCAGUUACCCUGGCAGAGUAUUUUUCAUUCUUUGGUGAGAUUGCUUAUAUGAAGCUGAUGAAAGACCRUGAGACAGGAAUGUCAAGAGGCUUUGCUUUUAUCACUUUUGUAGAAGUUGAAACAGCUGCAAAAGCAACAAGAUGGUGCCAGCACAAUCACCCAAGAAUUGAUGACCGACAAAUAAAAGUGGGACUGGCAGAAAGAAGACGACGACAAGAUAUGAGUCAUAACCAGCAKGGAGUACCUUUAACAAAUGAUACAAAAGGAGAGAGGAGGGAUACGCAUACGUUAUACUGGGAGUACAAAUGGACUGAAGGCCCGGAUGCAGAGGUCUUCGGUCCAUAUGAAACUAGUCUGAUGCUACAAUGGUCUAUGGCGGAUUAUUUCCGUGUGGGAUGCUGGGUUCGUCAAGCAGUUAGAUCCCACACGGAACCAGACAGAACAGACGAUGAGUCCAAAGAGCUCACGUCAAAUGAAAGGCAACAUCAAGCAACAUCAUUAGUCGGUUCUUACUCGAGCUCCUCUGAAGAUGAAGGAAGUGAAUCCGAAACAGAAGUGAAACGUGCUAAACUGGAAUAUCUGGAACAUGAACAUGGUGACACGACCAAGGUGGAUGGGGAUGAAAAAGAAGCAUCUCAUCGGCCAUUAGUGGAAUUGUCAUCGACAGAUUUAAACGAAGAGUCCUCACAAAGUAAAAAAAACAAGAAGCUCGAAACAAGCUUCAAUCAGAAUGUAGAUGAUAAAUAUAUCAAAUGCAAUAAUGAAGCGUUAACUAACGCAUCCAAAGAAGACUCCAUUGAAAAGAAGACUAAAAAUAUAGAAAUCGCCUCACAGGACGUUUUACAACAAGACCAUACAAAUACUUCAUGGCAGAUCGAUUCUCCAGAUUCGGACGAUGGGGAUAAGCAUGUACAGGAUCCAACGAGUUCGUGGUAUCAGGCUGACCGAGGAGGAUACAAGACAAGGGAUUUGUUAGGUAGGGAUUCCAGUUCGGAAGAUGAAGAAUUCGAUUAUUACGACAUGGAUCUACAGACUGUGGAGAGUGAGAACGAGUUUGUCCAUAUUUCGGAGAUUGAUUUCUCUAUGUUUCCUUAGUCGUGCCUUUAUCUCGUGGUUCUUUGCUGGCUGAAAGUGAUAAAACAGAGGAAAGGACUUUAAUGUUUACUAAAGCCAAACUGCAGUAA